GUGUGAUGGAGUCGGUCCCGCGGUCGCUGCUGUGGCUGUCCGUCCUGUGUGUGAUGGGCGCUGUGCUGCUGGCCAGUGCCGGGAGUCUGCUCCUCAGCGCCCACCUGCUGCCGGACCUGCCCCGCUCCUCCGCCGCCGGCGUCCCCGCCCGGAGCCCACUGCUUGCCGGCUCCCUGCUGCUCCUGCUGCCGCUCGGCUUGUGGGGCUGGAGGGUGCUGAGCCGCCCGCUGGAGCUGCUGCGGAGCCCGGACGACGUGGGCUACAUCCCGGAGCGGGGCCGGAGCCGGGCCCAGACCGCCAACCUGGUCCGGAGGAGGCGGAAGAAGGGAGACCUGCCCCCGGUCUAUCCCAAUGGCUGGUUCCAAGUGCUGGACUCGCACCUGCUGGAGCCCGGGGCCGUGCACAACCUCACCGUCUGCGGUGAACAGGUCGCCGUGUACCGUACCAUGGAUGGUAAAGUGUACGCUGUAGAUGCCUACUGCCCUCACCUCGGUGCAAAUCUUGCCGUGGGCGGUAGAGUGGUCGGCGACUGCAUCGAAUGUCCUUUCCACGGAUGGCAGUUUCGAGGCGAGGAUGGCAAAUGUACCAGGAUACCCUAUGCUGAAAAAGUUCCAGAGUUCCCCAAGCUGAAGACGUGGCCGUGCUGCGAAAUCAAUGGGAUGGUGUUCAUCUGGUAUCACUGCGACCAGAUCGAGCCGACGUGGAACAUCCCCGAGCUGGAAGAGAUCACCAGCAAGAAGUGGAUCUACAGGGGGCGCACCGAGCAUUACGUCAAUUCUCAUAUAGAGGAGAUCCCGGAGAACGCCGCAGACAUCGCUCACCUUACUUGCCUACAUGAACCCGGCCUACUGAGUGGGGUUGACCUCCGAUUCACAAAGUCAAGGAUUUUGGACUUUUUCAGGCACACUUGGAAGGCCCGGUGGGAGCCAGAGCCAGCCCCCAACAAGCACUGCUCUCAGAUGUUUGUGCAGCAUUCCUCCCUGCUCUUCGGGAAGCAGUUCUCCCUGCUUGAUGUGGACGUCAUCGCUCGUCAGGUCGGCCCUGGUGUCGUGUUCCUGCACUACUCGCAUGCCUUUCUGGGCAAAGGGUUGAUUCUUCACUGCGUGACGCCCAUCGAGCCUCUGCUGCAGAAAGUAUCCCACAGUAUCUACUACCAGAGGAAUAUUCCUGCCAUUGUCCCCAAGUUUAUUCUGAGGGGAUCGUCCAUCCAGUUUGAGCGGGACGUGAUGAUCUGGAACAACAAGAAAUACAUCUCCAAGCCUCUUCUGGUGAAGGAAGACGCUGCCAUCCAGAAACACCGCCGCUGGUAUUCUCAGUUUUACAGCGAGAACAGCCCCAAACUUAAUUUCCAACAGGACGGAUUGGAAUGGUGAAGACUUGGACUGGGUCUUCCCUUAAAUGUGCCAAAGAGACCUUCCAGGAUUCUGUGCUGAAAAUCUUAGUGGACAGACAGGACUAGUGGAUCACCAAGUUGUCACUGCUGGACUGAAAGACUCUGGGUAAUGGACAUUAUCAAGUAGUU